GCCCACAGACGGUUUCCCAGUCUCAACAUUUUGGAACUGACGAGACUCCACGACGUCGUCGGGAUCGUUCUACGAUUGUGAAACCCUCGGCUGCCUCUCUUCUCUGCAGGGAGACGAAAGAGUACAGUAAGGGGAACUGAAAGAAUUGGAGAUAGAAUGAGUGCAUUUAAUGCAUUUAAAGCAAAUGUUCCAGUUGCGUGGAGCCCUAAUCUCUACAUAACGCUGGUGAGGGGUAUUCCCGGUACCCGGAGGCUCCACCGCCGCACGUUGGAGGCCUUGCGUCUCACCAAGUGCAACCGCACCGUCAUGCGCUGGAAUACGCCUACUGUCCGGGGAAUGCUGCAGCAGGUGAAAAGGUUGGUUGUGGUUGAGACCGAGGAAAUGUACAAUGCUCGGAAGCAGAAAGAAGCUAAUCACCGAGCCCUGCGCCCGCCCUUGGUUGUGAAUCACCAUCCUGCUCCAACUAGUGAUGCUUCGGCCUAAUUGCUGAAACCGCUUGAAUGGCUGUCUUCAGAAUAGAUCGUCUAUAUGUUUACCAGAUCCAAGUGGCACCGUAGAGCAAGACUUAAGUACUGAACUUGGUGGACACGUCGGAAGUCAUAAUUUUUCAACUUAUACAACCUUCUAUUUGUUAAAGAAGUUACGUUUGUAUGAGGUUAGGACGGAGUUUCUUAUCAAACAGAAGAAAUAUAAAUGUUUCCACAAUCUUGGGAAUGUGCUACUCAACUCUUCUCUUUGUUUGGUAUUACAUAUUUCUGUUCUGUUA